AUGUCGUCGUCGCAUGUGGUGGUUAUCGAUACCUCCUUCAGAAGGCAUAACAUCAAAGUCACUCCUGGAAAAUACAUGACGGAUAUUCUGGAGGAAGCAUGUAAAAAAUUUGGCAUUAGGUCUAGCAACUACGGUCUCAAGCACGUCAACAAGCCCGUAGAUCUGUCAAGAACGUUUCGGCAAACAGGCCUCCCAACCGGCGCAAGGCUGGAGCUCGUCGUUGCGUCACGAACUCCCUCCGCCGUCUCUGUCGCCCUCCAAAUACCAGAAGCUAUAGCAGGGGGGGUUCCAAGUGGCCGACUGACGGACAAAGUCCCCAGCGAUACAACAUUAUGGCGUAUUCUACGGAAAUUCGAGUCAACUGAGGGCACGAACUUGAACUUUACGGCCCGAGGAGUAACACAUCUGGAGAAUGGUGCUACGGGGGCUGGAACAAUUGUUUACGAGAUGCCUGUCCUGAAUGUCAUGGGGCGUGAGUUGGCAACUUUUGGAGACCUGCAAAAGACACUGGCGCAGUUGGGAUUCAACAGUGGGAGCUGUCUUAUCAGGAUGAAUUUUAAGAAGACAGAACAGCCUCUUCAAGAAGCUAUGACGGAAAUUCAGCAAUACUUUAGGGAAGAAGAGACGCCUACUGGUUCGGAGAUGAAUGGCGUAGAAGCUAGUCCUUUGCAAGAGGUGGACAGCAUCACGGAGGGUAUCUCUAGAAUGUCUUCACGAGAAUCUACACCUAGUGGAGACGUAGCCAUGCCUUCAGUUGAGCAACCCGAGCUACUUCAGAAUGCACCCAUCACACCAUCGAAGCGACCUGCGCCAGAGGCCACCCCAGAGCCAAAGCAAGAGGAGAAAAUUCUUGGUCCCAACCAGCGCCCAAUCUCUAUCUUCUCUCCUCCCUCUUCCGAUACACCUAAAGCUGCACUAUUGCCGUAUAACGAAGGAGACUUUGAAGCGACUAUUCACCACGCCAAAGCACACCAACAAAACCUUCUAAACAGAUCUCGCAACCAAAAGCUCCUAUCAGACGCAGAAACCGAGCAGGCAGAGCAGGAGAAAGCCGCAAAACUAGCGAAGAUGAAAGAAGUCAAUAUCAAAGUCCGCUUCCCCGACCAAUCGAGCGUUGUUUCUCAGUUCACUGCAACGGACACGGGUGAUGAUCUGUAUAAUAGUGUUACGGGCGUCAUUGUAGCCGAGGAUCAGCCAUUUAAGCUUGUCUACAAUGAUAGGGGGGUACAGACUGUUCCAAGAAGCCAGAAGAAGCUGAUUAAGGACCUUGGAUUUGAGGGCAGUGUUCUGGUUAAUUUUGUUUGGGAGGAUGCUGCGAGUGAUGCUUCGAGAAAGGGUUCGACUCUGAAGCCGCAAUAUGCAAGGAAGGCAGAAACUCUUCCUGUUCCUGUCGUUGCUAGUGUGUCACAGGAGGAAGCUGGUCCCUCUGCUUCAGAGAAAGGCAAGGAGAAGGAGAAUUCGGGUGGUGGUGCGGGUCCGAAGUUGAAAGGUGCUAUGCCGAAAUGGCUUGCAAAGGGACUCCAGAAGAAAUGA